CACGAACGAAGCUCCCGCUUCACAAGCCCUAUGAAGCAGCAAUAAUUAUGCUCAUGCGCUGCCAAUGGCUGAAGACUUUUGGGUUCAAGGUUUCCAUCUAUGGCACUAAGCAAUCGAAAACGUUGGUUGCUCAAUUUCACACUUCACCUUCAAGCCUUGGUUGUCUGCCCUUGCGGCCCAGAACAUGCCCAACCCGCUACAACAUUGGACAGCAGUCUUCCGGAAUUAGGUGUCGUCGAGGCGCCAAAACAAAGUCUACAAUUCAAUUGAAAGACCUUCCACAAGGGCCACUUCCCGGGCUUGAUUCCGAUGUCACUUUACGGCAUGGUGCCUCAGCAAAAUCUCGCCGCGGAAAGAAAACCGCCAGUGUGACUGAAGGUGACCACCCAAAGAUUUACAACAGAGCCGAGCAGGAAUUCGAUGUUAUUACUGGGCAUAAGAAUGAGCAUGAGACAGUUACUCUAUUCGGGUCUCAACCCGUGCAGGACGUUGAAGAUACGGAACUGCCUCGAUACCCCACCGUCGUCCAGCAAGCCUGGAAUAACAUGCGAAAAUUUGAGAAUUGUGUUUUAUUAACGAGGGUCGGAGGGUUUUAUGAGUUGUAUUUUGAGCAUGCCAAAGAGUUUGGGCCAUUAUUGAACUUGAAAGUGGCUCAGAAGAAAACGAGUGCAGGGUUGGUACCAAUGGCUGGAUUUCCGUUCUUUCAACUUGAUCGAUUUCUAAAAAUGCUCGUCCAAGAUCUCAAUUGCUCCGUUGCCAUUAGCGAAGAGUUUCCAAACAAUGCUUCCGGAAAAGUAAAGUCAGGUGGGCUUAUGUUCGACAGAAAAGUAACAAGAAUUGUGACCCCUGGAACCUUGAUCGAUGAAAGGUUUCUUGAUCCCUUUGAAAAUAAUUUUCUUUUGUCCUUGCAUUUUCCGGGACCAUUGACUACUCUUGCCGUCUAUGGAGAAGGUCUAGACCAUGCAAACAUCAGUAUUGAGCGUGACGAGUGGGUGAACUUUCCAGUCGGUCUUGCUUGGCUAGAUCUCUCGACCGGCGAUUUCUUUACGCAGACAACAUCUCUGUUAUCUUUGCCUUCUGCUAUUUCUCGUAUAGGCCCGAGAGAGGUUAUCCUUGACCAGGCAUUACAAGGCCUUCCAACCGGAGAGAUCCCGCGAUUGCUUGGAGAGGACGGUAAACUUUUCAGCUACCAUGCCGGCACAGGAUAUGUUUCUUCAACUGCCGACUGGGCACCUCUCCUAGAAGGUCAGCCACUUGUGGCCGAAAAUGAAUUUACCCGGGAAGAGAUUGCUGCUGGAAACCAACUUCUUGACUAUGUAACAAUACAGUUACAAGGCUUGAGGAUGAAACUACAACCUCCGCUAAGACGGCAAGAGCUGGAAAAUAUGGCAAUCGAUAGAAGCAGCAUGAGGGCGUUGGAAAUUAAGGCGACUAUGAGAGAAGGCUUUUUCAAAGGCAGCUUGCUUCAUGCCAUUCGUAGGACUGUUACCAACAGCGGAGCGAGAUUAUUAAGGCAGUGGUUGAGCUCGCCAUCUACAUCUCUUAACGUCAUCAACAGCCGGCUCGAUUUGGUCUCUUUUUUCAUCGACUACAAGGUGAUACGCGAGAGAAUAGUAAUACUUUUGAAAGGAAGUUACGAUUCGCAAAGGCUCGUGCAGAAAUUUGCACUGGGUAGAGGCGAUGCAGACGAUCUGGUCAGCCUAGCCCGGACUAUCGAUGCGACCUCCAAAAUUGCCGCAUCUUUGAGUGCGAAACUUACGCCAGAACUUGAUUCUCGUAAAGGAGACAAGGGAGAUCGAUACUCCACAGAGAAUGCCCAAACGUCGGACGCGUGUCUCGCCUCUAUUUUGAAGCGCUUGGAUCUUGACGGACCUCUUUCACUUUCAGCACAGAUCACAGAAGCUAUUGAUGAGGAUGGCUUGACAUUUCAGCAUGAGCUUGAAGAGAGCGAGGCGUUUGGCCUUGCCACAAUGGCUCAAGGCAUGUUUGAUGAAGGGCAACUUGCGGAGCAAGUAGACCCAAAACGAAAAAGGAUCGGAUCCAAAAGGCAGCCUAAAUUUCCUACUGCCAGGGAUGAAGACUCAAUUGAGCAGGAAGCAUGGAUAAUGCGACGAACCGCGAGUCGCCUGCUUGAGAAGCUACAUCAACACUUGGACGAGUUGCGUGAGGAAAAGGUUACUUUAGCUGAAACUCUCAGAGAGGAGCACGGCGCUUCAACUUUAACUCUCCGUUGGACCCCUGGUCUAGGGUAUAUUUGCCACAUCCGGGGCAAAGAUCUAAAGUCCACACAGAAUAAGCUCAGUGCUGCGCGCAGUAUCAGUUCUAGUAAGUCUACGCGUUCAUUCCACCUUCAUGAAUGGACAGAGCUGGGUUCGAGAAUCGACCAAGUGAAGUUACAAAUCAAGGGGGAGGAACAAAACGUCUUUCAAGGCCUCAGGGAGCAGGUCAUUCUUAAUAUUGUGAAACUCCGCCGGAAUGCUGCCGUUCUUGAUGAACUGGAUGUAGCUUGCUCUUUUGCCGCGCUCGCGGAGGAGCAAAAUCUAGUCAGACCGAUCUUGAACCUCGGCUUGAGCCACAAAAUUAUCGGCGGUCGUCAUCCUACAGUGGCAUGGAGCCUACAGGAGCAAGGCCGCGGUUUCACGAGCAAUGACUGCUCUGUCGGUCUGCAGGAACGUGUAUGGCUUCUGACCGGGCCCAAUAUGGCCGGCAAGAGCACUUUCCUCCGACAAAACGCAUUGAUAUCUAUUCUCGCUCAAGUCGGGUCUUACGUCCCUGCGGCGUAUGCGGAGAUUGGUAUAGUAGAUCAGAUAUUUAGUCGGGUCGGCUCAGCAGAUAAUCUCUCUCAAGACCAAUCGACAUUCAUGGUUGAAAUGGUUGAAACGGCAGAGAUACUGAAACGCGCAACUCCGCGGUCGUUUGUGAUAAUGGACGAAGUUGGUCGCGGAACGACUCCCGAAGACGGCAUCGCCGUGAGCUUCGCCUGUCUACACCACCUGUACCACACGAACCAAUGCCGUACCUUGUUCGCCACUCACUUUCACGUCCUAGCUAAUAUGGCUGCGGCCGCAGGCAUGGACAAGGUGGGCUGUUAUUGCACCGAUGUGCGUGAGGGCAGUAACGGAGCGUUUUCUUUUAUACAUCGUGUCCGCCGCGGUGUCAACAGGCAGAGCCAUGCUUUGAAAGUCGCCUUGAUGGCUGGUCUCCCUCAAAGCGCAAUCGACACAGCGAGUCAGGUGCUCGAGUCACUUCACCAGCGAAAUCUUGAUGCAACACCACAGGACAAGGAAUUUACCCGACUAGAACCACCAGAAACUAAUGAUGAGCAGCAUGAUUCCCAAUACAAGCAAGAGCACCAGCGAGCGUAUUAGCUCAUUUAAACUUCUUUAAAAGCGAUUUUGCUGUCAUUUCAAAAUAUUCAAUUUGAGAUACCCCUUCUCGACCACAUUGUUAUCGAUUCCGGGGAGAAAAAAACUUCUUUAAUUGUUAAAAUGUUGAACCAGUUUAUAACUCCGCUCUGUAUAUACAUUCACCUGACCGGUAUAAAGACACCAACAAAAUGAUCUGAAACAAUGACAGGACGAGGCUGGCUAUCACCAAUACAGAUAUAUUCGGAUAUCGUCCAAGAUGAAAAAAAAAAUGGAGAGAGACGUAGGGAUUCUCAAAAUAUUGAGCGUGCUGCUGAGAUGUUUGUGAUGGUGGAGGGAAACUGUGGGUUGCAGCGAUAAUGUGGAGUUUGAAAACAGUCGAGAGACAGGUGGGAGAAGCCAGAAUACUCUGCUGUAUCGUUCAUCCCUUGUGUAACUUCUUCACGCGAAUGGCGCCCUCAUAGAGUCCUCUGUCGACGGCAGCGGCGACGGUCAAGGUACCG